AUGGAAGCGGUUGCUAGCUUAGGUAGAAUUCUGGGACCUAGAGGACUUAUGCCGAACCCAAAGGCUGGUAAUGUCACUACAAAUAUACCUCAGGUUCAACAUGUAAACUUAUUGAACUUCUUCCGGGCUAUCGAAGAAUUCAAAAAGGGCAACGUAGUCUUGUACCGAGCAGAUAAAACUGGAAUUGUUCACUUGCCAUUUGGAAAAGCAAAUUUCACGGAAGAAGAUCUUAUCAAAAACUUCAUUGCAGCAGUGAAAUCAGUACAAGCAAACAAGCCACCAGAUGUCAAAGGAGUUUAUUGGAAGAAUGCACAUAAGGGAAGCCAACUCAAAUUUCAGAACUUCUCUACACUCCAAGAUUGUCUAAUUUGUGUUCUCGUCUGA